AAAAAUGAACACAGGUAGAUCUUCAUCUGCGGAUAAAAGUAGAUCCACUAAAGGUCGUGCUCACAGAAGUUAGCUGGAAACAAGAGGAAAAUGGACUGUCGAGGUGGUCUUGUAUUCUGUUUGCUGUUUUUCACAGCCGAGGGAAAACUUAUCGCUCAAAAACUAUGCCCUGAUGGAAAACUACCCUUGAGCUGUUUUGCCAACCCGUGUGAAGUCAAUAGUUGCCCGGCCUACCCAUUAGCUGAAUGUCGAGCUAACUACUGUGGUGGAUGUUCUGCUGAAUACUACGUGGAGGGACAGAGAGUAGAUUGCUCAGUUUGUCGGAAUGGUGAUCCCCCUGAAAAGUGUGAUAACCAGUGUAAAUACGCUCGUCCCGCCCCAGGGUACAAAUGUGUGGCAGAAUACUGCUGUGGCUGCUCUAUAAAGUUCGUCGAGUUGUGUGCGAAGGAAUGCCUCAUUCACCCAUGCGCCAGGACUGUGUGUGAAUCCGGACUGCGGUGUCAGCCGAAUUUCUGCGACUGUAGCGCUCAGUGCGUUACGCUAACUAAAGGGUAACUUCCCUGACGAAGGUGACAGAUGUUAAUCUCGUCUCGUCACGUGCUUACUAAAGUAAAAGCAUUCCGCGGACCUGAAUUUCUAAAUUACGUCUUCACCUAUAUAUCCUUUGAUUGUAACUGGUGAGAAAAUCAAUAAAUCAAUAGAUAUUAUU